AUGCCCAACCCGAGCAUCGUUAUUUCGGAAGGCUCCCCACAAUACGAGGCCGAUCCAGACGACUUCUCGCGACGGCUUAAGAUUUCCUCAUCCUCCCCACGCGGCCCGCACGCGCGCCCUGCUGCCAACGGCAGUCCCGGUAAGCUCUACGAUCCCAACACCGACUCGGUCCGCAAGACUGCCCCCCAUGUCACUGCCGAGCCCGACGCGAUGUCCGAUGCCGCAUCGAGUUCUCAUUCACCGCGAGUCUCCCGCAUGCACCAGUCCUCUCAGGCCGCCCGCAACCUCGUCGAACACCGACAGCUCUUCGAUCCUCGCAAGCACGAUGCGGUUCAGUUCUCUGCGCAGAACCGACAUAACGCCACUGUCACCCCAUUGCCGAGCGGUCGCCCAACCCCUACACCCAAGUCUUCAGGAGACUGGGUCUCCGCGUCUUCAACCUCCUCCGCUUCGUAUGCCCAUUCAUCCAUAUCUUCCAAAUUCACCCUCUCCUCCGCCACCGACUCCUCUUCUGCAUCAUCCGCUCUUUUCGACUCCUCAAAUCCCGCGGGCCAGAGGUCCGAGGACAGCGCCUCUAGCGCGAACGCCUUCUCUCGAAAACUGAAGGAGGUUUACCGAACGAUCAGUGGCUUGGAGACCAGGCUGUUGGGUAGCGACAAGGAUCGGGACAGGGCAGAGGAUGCUCGUAUCAGAGCACCAGCACAAUUCCUUAACUAUGCCUAUGUAUUCUACGGCGGUCUCAUCGAGGAACGCAACUUCGCGCAAUACCGCGGGCCGUUCCUCGAGGCUCUCGGCGACAUGUCUCGCUACUGGACGGCCGUCAGCGCCCUCAUCGAAGGGACUGAUUCUACAGGCAACACACUCACGGUAUCCGCCGUUGCCAAGAACAACCUGCUCGCCUCCAACACCCCUCGCCCAUCGUCCCCGAAUCCUCCCGCCACCGAUCUCCCAUCAGCUGCGGUGUUGCCAACCCCUGCACAGAUCGACGACAGCCCUCAGUCAUCUGAGGCUGAGAUGCCUCUUGGUGCCGAUGACGCAGUGGGUGCUGUUCUCCAUAUCCACAACAUCCCUAGCAUCGGUCAGGAGGCAGCCCGCUUGAUGGAACUCGACCCCGACCAGGAGCGCUGGUGGCAGGUCUCAAAGGAUUGGUUCGCGCGGCGGCUCACAAUUGCCCCCAACUCCGCCAAGCUCCACAUGAGAACUAAAGGCCAGGAGUAG